UAUCGAUUGGUGAUGCAAUCAGUGUUAACAAAAAUUCCAUACAGUUUACAAUUUAAUGCUGCAGAACGCUUUAUAAACGUCAAACGCGCAACUAUAAUUAAUUGUGAGACGACAACAUAAUAAGAAAAUAUUAUUUUGUGCGCAUUAGUUGCAUUUAAAUACGUGCAUUUGCCUUAUCGAUUGACUACAGUGUCGCGUGGCAACUCUGAACUGUACUUUCUGAUACAGAUAAAAAAAACUAUUGACUAUUGAACUGACUAUCUAUAAUCGAGAAAUUGCGCGCUUAUUUUUUGGUGGCAUCGGUAAUCAGAUAUCAAUCAGGAGCGUAAUUAUCAAAAAAUGAACGACGAAGUAGCCCCAUCUCCAAUGGUUGUUGAGGCCAAAUACGAGGAUGUCUCGCAACUUAAUUUUUCCAAGCUCUAUUCGCCCAAAAUGAAAAGCGUCUAUUGGCGCUAUUUUGGCUUUCCAUCGAACGAUAAUGACGAGGUAAUUACCAAGCAGAAUGUGGUAUGCAUCAAAUGCCACAAGGUGUUGACCAAUCACGGCAAUACAACCAAUUUGCGGGCGCAUUUACAACAUCGCCACAAGGAUCUGUUCAAGGCCCUGUGCCAGGAGAACGACAUCCAAGUGCCGCCCCGCAAGACGCCACGCAAUCUUAAUCAUCCGCCGCUAUCCAAGCGCAACGUCUCGUCGCGUCGCGUCAAACUUGAGUUCAUCAACAAUCGCAAUCAUCACGAGAACGAGGAGGAUGAGGAGAUGGACGAAGCGGCCGUUGCUGCCGCUGCCAUGCAGGCCGAAGAUGAUGCCGCCUCGCAGACAAUGCUCUACGAGACCAUGGUGCCGUUGACCUAUGAUGACGCCGACAAUCUGGUCGAGGAGGAGGAUCGCACCAUUAACAUUGAGCCGCGCGAGCUCAAGUAUUCCCGCAAGCGCAAAAGUACAGCUGCUGCGUCCGGAACAAUGCACUUCACACGCAGCAAUAUCAAGCAUGAGGAGGGAACUGGUGGAGGCAGUCAGGGACGCAGCUAUAUUACCAAUUUACCCGAGGCAUUGGCCGACAUUGUGGUGCGGGAUGUGCGCAAUGUGGAGACCCUGUAUGAUCUGGGCAUUAGUGAGUUCAUACGUCUCGCCAUGGGCAAUUUGGCAACGCUGCCAAUGCCACAGAAGAUUGACGAGCUCAUUACGGAGCAGCAUGCAUCCAAGUUCCUGGAAAUGGGCGAUUUUACACGCGAAUUCACCGCCGAGAAGCCCUAUUCCCUGGCCUUUGAGCACUGGAUCAAUGUGGAGCAGCGUCGCUUCCUCACCAUCCAUCAUCAUUAUCUGAGCGAUGAGACCCAAUGUGUGCGCAGUGUCGUCUAUGCCACCAUCGAGUAUACCGACUAUAUCUCAUUCGAUGAUCUGCUCACCGAUUUCUACUUGCCCAACUGCACCCUGGCCAUUGUCAACUAUGACGAUGAGGAGGAUUUGCUCCAGACCUAUCUGAAGGAGAAGCAUAUACCCGUUGUACUCUGCUAUGUCUCGGUAAUUGACAAGUGUUUGCGACGCGUCUUUGAGCUGGAGGAUGUGGCUGCUUCUUUGGAGCAGGUUAAGGAUAUCAUACAGCGUCAUUCGGCUGAGAUAAGCUCCAAGGUUGCCGAGCUGCCGGCAUACAAUGAGAAUUUCCCCUGGACGCUCUAUGAGCUGCUCAAGUUCUUUGCUGAAUCGAUAUCGUGGUCCGAGGAUAUGGAUCAAUUGGUCAUCACAGCCAAAACAGUGACCGAAGCACUCAGUGCGCUUGUGAUUGCUUUGGAUACAUUGCGGGGUGAGGACAUGCCACUGUGCAGCAUGUUAUCACCGAUUACAUCAAAGAUACUGAUUAAGAAACUGGGCAUUGCGGAGCAGGAUGAGCCUUUAAUGAUGAAUAUUAAACGCACGAUUGCCACUGUGCUCCAGACACACAUCAUUGCGAAUGAUACGUUGACCAGCGCUGCGCUGUUGGAUCCACGAUUCCAUCGUCUGACCACAAUUGACAACUUUGACAGCUGUGUGCGAAUGCUGACACAAAAAUACAACAAGACGUUUGGCGGAUCGGCGGGCAUAGAUAGCCAAAGUGGAGAUUCAGCUGGCGAGGUGGCCGCCACCACAUCCGUAAGCAGCACCCCAACGGUGACCAUUAAAUCGGAACCAAAUGUCAAAUCUGGCAAUAAUGUUGUCGGCUCAAACAGCGCCAAAAAGUCAAAGCUGGAACUGCUAUUUGAUGUGGCAGAGAUACCAAGUCCACCAAAACGGGAUGCCGACAGCACUGUGGAAACUGAUCUCAAGCGUUAUCGCAACGAAGUUAUUGUGCAACUGGAUGAAUCGCCCAUUGAAUGGUGGAACAAAAUGGGUCACAUCUAUGGUACAUUGCGCGACUUGGCCUCCCUAUAUCAGGGCGUUCCCGGUGUCGUUAAUUUGAACUUCAAGAAGGUUCUGCGUGAACAGAUUUAUGAUUACAAUAAGCGUUUCAUGCUAACUGGCAGCCAAACUCAGAUUGACGCGAUACUCUUUUUGAAUCGUAACAGCAGCUUAAAGGAUACUAUAUAUGUUUAAUAGCUUUUAUCAUGUUUUUAUCUAUAUCACAUUUACAAUAUAUGUAAAUCUUAUAAUCUGUAAUUAAACUAACAUAUACGAUAAA